AAUGAAGACCAUUCUCAGCAGUCAGACUGUCGACCUCCCCAACAAUGUUGAGGUGAGGCUAAAGGGGCGAACAGUAAUUGUUAAAGGACCCCGUGGCAAGCUCACCAGGGAGUUCAACCACAUCAACCUGGAGCUCAGCCUGCUGGGCAAGAAACAGAAGAAGCUUCGUGUGGAUAAAUGGUGGGGAAACCGGAAGGAGCUGGCCACAGUCCGCACCAUCUGCAGCCACGUCCAGAACAUGAUCAAGGGUGUCACUCUGGGUUUCCGGUAUAAAAUGCGUUCUGUGUACGCCCAUUUCCCCAUCAACGUGGUCAUUCAGGAGAGUGGAACUCUGGUGGAAAUCAGGAACUUCUUGGGGGAGAAAUAUAUCCGCCGUGUCAGAAUGAGGACUGGUGUGAUGUGUUCAGUCUCUGCAGCCCAGAAAGACGAGUUGGUCCUCGAGGGUAAUGACAUUGAGCUGGUGUCAAACUCUGCUGCUCUGAUCCAACAGGCCACCACAGUCAAAAAUAAGGAUAUCAGAAAGUUCUUGGACGGCAUUUAUGUGUCUGAGAAGGGAACAGUAGUGGAACCAGAGCAGUGAAAGGAGAGCGGCAUUGAUCCAGCAGGCCACCACAGUCAGAAAGAAGGACAUCAGGAAGUUCCUGGAUGGCAUCUACGUCAGUGAGAAGACCACCGUGGUGGACUCCGAAGUUGACUAAACGUUCACUUCCUGUUAUGACCAAUAAAUAAAUAACCAUCUUUUCCAAGUUA